AUGGUGGUGGAAAGGACACUGAUUGCCGCAAGGCAGGGGGAUGUACAAACUCUGAAAGUGCAAUUAGCGGAGAAAAUACUGAACAGCGGAGUAAAGGACCUUUUGGGAGCCUCACCUGUCCACCACGCCGCCCGUACUGGAAAACUGACUUGCCUACGUUUCCUCGUGGAAGAAGUUGGUUUACCAGGCAACUGUUUGGCGAAUAAUGGCGCCAGCCCGGCACACGACGCUGCUGCCACUGGCAACCUAUCCUGCUUACAGUGGCUAUUAACUCAAGGGGGAUGUCAUACCGCGGACAGGGAUAGUUCCGGAGCCACCGUUCUCCACCUCGCCUCCCGGUUCAGCCAUCACGAGAUCACUGAUUGGUUGCUGAAGAGCGGGGAGGCUGAUGCCGGGGUGUCCACAGAGACUGGGGCCCUGCCUGUCCACUAUGCUGCUGCCAAGGGAGACCUGCCCUCCCUCCGACUCCUGUUGAGACACAUCCCAAACGUUGUCGAUUCCCAAACAAAGAAUGGUGCCACACCCCUCUACCUGGCCUGCCAGGAGGGUCACCUGGAAGUCGUCCAAUACCUGGUGAAGGACUGCGGGGCGGAGCCGAGCAUCAGAGCCAAUGACGGGAUGACACCUCUGCAUGCUGCCGCCCAAAUGGGCCAUAACACUGUUAUUGUCUGGCUGGUGAGCUUCACAGAGAUCAGCCUGUCAGACCAGGACGGUGACGGUGCCACGGCCAUGCACUUCGCCGCCAGCCGCGGCCAUGCCAAGGUGCUCAGCUGGCUGCUACUGCACGGUGGCGAGAUCAUCACCGAUAGCUGGGGCGGAACGCCGCUACACGACGCCGCCGAGAACGGGGAGCUGGAGUGCUGUCAGAUCCUGGUGGUGAAUGGGGUGGACCUGGGCAUACGGGACCAGGACGGCUUCUCGUCGGCCGACCUGGCAGAGUACAACGGGCACGUCCAGUGUGCCAAGUACCUGUGCACUGUUGAGAACAUGAGUGUGGCGCACCGCGUGCUUUCCAGGGACCCAUCGGCUGACCUGGAGUACAGCAAGCAGCCCGACUUGGGCCUGUCGUCCAACAACACGAUGCCCCCGGCAGGGUCGCGGCAGGCCCAGCAACCGGCCCACUUCGACAUGGGCUCGCCCUCCAGCACCCUGUCCAACUACGACUCAGCCAGCUCCAGCCAGUGUAGCAUGGGAGAAAAGCGGAGCUGCUCACCCCCUUCAUCACGAGCCCCCGCCGGCCCAGCGGAGUCGGCCAUAAAUGACAUGCAGACUUACACGGACAUGCUCAACCCUGACGUGGAGGCCGGAGCGCCCCAGUGCAAGGAGCCCGCCGCCACCGCUCAGCCACCUCCCCCACCCCUGCUGGCCUUGCCAACGCCCCCUUCCCCUGACUCCCCCUCCCAAACGCCCCUGCCUCCCCCCGGAUACCCUCUGCCACAGUCCCCCGCGGACUCAGCCGAUAUCUAUCUGAAGGUGAAGAGCAACCUGAGGCACGUGGAGAAGAAAACAACACGCAAACCCUAACAUAUUUAUUUACUCACUGCUCAUUGGUCCCUUGUUUCUACCCAGCAACUGACUCCAGAAGAGAGCCACGAUAGGCUGCGCCGGGUGGACUCCAACAGAAAGUCUCGAAACUUCAACAAGCAGCCCAGCACGGGGGACUACUACAAAACCCUGGGUAGCGACGCGGUCGACGACCGUGGGGUCCGAACCAUGGUGCCUAACAAGGAGGGUUCUCUGUUAUUGGAGGAGUCAGCCGACAGCCCCGCCCCCAGCCCACAGAACGGCACCACCGAAGAGUUGCCCCUCCCUCCUCCCCUGCCCCCACUCCCCAUCAGCAAUCCAACCCCGGCACCCCCUCCUCCCCCGCCAUUGCCCUCAGAAAUGCCCACCUCCCAGUACAGCCCUUCCUCAAGCACCAACCAGCGAUGCCCCUCUUCAGGAAGCAACAAAUCCUUCAACAUGAUGUCCCACACCGGAGACAACACGGAGUUGCUGGCUGAAAUAAAAGCGGGGAAGAACCUGAAGCCCACCCUACACAGUAAAGGCUACACAACAGUCUUCUCCAACAGCGGCCUGCCGGGCAAUAAUGGAGAGAGCCCCAUGUCACCGCCCCAGACCCACACGGUCAGCCCGUCCUCAGCCAAGCCCACGUCUCCGCCCUCCGCCGCCAGCGCCACCUCCCCACCCACCGCCCCCAGCCCUGUGGGCACCAGCACGCCCCGGAUCCUCUCCACCUCCAAGAGCAGCGAGCAGCACCUCAAUGGGAACGGCAGCGGGGCAGCAAGCCUGAUGGGACAGACACGGAAGGGUAGCCUGGCGGACGUGGAGGCCCUAGUGCCCACACACGACGAGCAGGGCCGAGCCAUCCCUGAAUGGAAAAGGAAGGUGAUGGUGCGCAAGCUCCAGGUGAAGAUGCAGGAGGAGGAUGAACACAAGCGCAAGGUGGAUGAGGAGGUGGCGCGCCUGGCGUCCAUGCCAGGAUGGCGGAGGGACAUCAUCAAGAAAAAGCUUGAUGAAGAGAAAAAAGAGGAGGAGCUUGCAAACAAGGCAAAGGAGAGCGAGGAGAAGAACGAGCAGGAGCGACUACGGACCAUGGGUUACAACGAGAGCAAGUUGGUGCCAUGGCAACGGCAGAUCAUCCUGAAGAAAGGAGACAUAGCGAAACAGUAG